AUGGUUCGAAUUUGGCAUCCCACGCUGCCGGUAUUGCACUAUUGGCGGGAAAUCCUACGAAAAGCCUCAUCUCCGACGAUUCACGAGCUCCGCGCAUAUUUCAGGCGAGAAGUUUAUGAUAACCUAUUCACUGAUGAUCAUCCCAAUACGGAAAACGGGAAACACCAUGAGAAAAGCGCGCUGCGCGUCCGCGUGGGGUGGAUGGAGGAGGUGGAUCACGAGAUUGCCCUAAACGACGCCAACGAGAGAGCUGAAAAGGAGAGCGACCCAACAACGCCCAGAAGGGGUCGAAAACUAGAGAGGAGGAGCCUAGAGCUUCCGGGAUGCGGCUUACGCGCGUUUGUAUCCAACGGGACUCCGCCGCCGUGGGGAUUUCCUUUUGAGCUCGCGAUUGCGGUACAAGCGAGGCGGCGCCCGGCCAAGGCGUUUUGCGUGUUAAAAGGGACCCUUCAAAAUCUUCUCGACGAGCAGGCGGAGCUGCUUGGCGGGUUGGAGCGUGUGAUUAAGCGGUUAACGACCUCCACGGCGGAUGUGCAAGUGGAGCUGAAUCGAUUGCACGAGGCGUGUAUCGAGCUUCUCCCCCGGUGA